GGCAGCGGUGCCGGUGACGCUGCGGCCUUGGCUGCCGAUGCUCGAGCUCGGCAAGGUCACCUCCUCACUGCUCAUCAGCAACGCCAAGGCAGCCUGCAACGAGGACCUGCUUACACGAGAGGGAGUCACCUUCUGCGUUAAUGUCACCCGACAGCAGCCGUUUCCCAGCCUGCAGCAGGUGCGGGGCAUACGCGUGCCCGUCUUCGACGACCCGGCUGAGGACCUGUACCGCUACUUCGAGCAGUGCAGUGAUGCCAUAGAAGAGGCUGUGAAGAGCGGUGGGAAGUGCCUGGUUUACUGCAAAAAUGGCCGCAGCCGAUCAGCAGCCAUCUGCACCGCUUAUUUGAUGAGACACCAAAAGCUCCCACUCAAGGAUGCCUUUGAGACUGUGAAGACUGCCAGACCGGUAGCAGAACCCAAUUCAGGAUUUUGGUCUCAGCUGCAGAGAUAUGAAGAAGAUUUGCAGAUACCAAAGCAAUUCGACCUGCUAAGCAAACAAGUUAAGAACAGUAAUGUAUGAAGAUGUUUUAGAGAGAGUUAAGUAGCUUGCUACAGAUUUUAAAAAAAUAAUAAUUCCAUCUAU